AUGAUUAUAUUCUUAUUGGGAAUAGUGACUGUCUUUGGUGACAAUAUUAAAAAUCUGAGUGACUAUGCCAUUAUUUUGAAUCAAACAUAGGAAAUAAAGCAUUAUGAUUUGGAAAUUAAUGAGGAGGCAGUGCUAUUUCAAUAUCCAUAGGGAUCUAUACUGAAAAGCUCAAUUACCUCAGAUAAUAAAACAACCCUAUGUGGAGUGAAUCAUGAUUAUAUCUCAAUAACAACAAAUAUAUCAAAGCAGAUAAUAAAAUAAGAUUAGGAGAUGUACACCACUCUUUCAGAUUAAAUUAUUGCCGCAAUCAAUAAAAAAACAACUAUGGGAUUUGUUACAGAGCAAAACAAUUAUAUAGAAUUUGACUUUAUAUCUUUAGACAUCAAAAAUACUAUGGUUUUAAACUCCCACAUGGCUUAGACUCAAAUUUAUUAAUCAGGAAUCUACAGUAUUGAAACUAAUUUAACUAUUUUAUUUUACACAAAAACUGUUCUAAUUUUAGAUGACACAAACAAUGUUGUAUCCUAGAACAUUACUUAAAUGGAAAUCAAUGAAGUUCUGAGUAGUUUAGGGUAUCUUUAUGUGGCAACCAAAAAAGGUUUGAUGAUUUAUAAAAUUGACCCAACCAAUAAGGCUAUCAUCUUUAACCAGACCAUUGAGGACAAAUAACAUAUAAUCGAUAUUGCAUUGGGUGGAGAGAAUGGAGAAAUAUUAUACAUGUUAAAAAAUGAUGGAAUUCAUAUUUAUCAAAUUACCAAAGAUGGUCUCCUUACUAAGCAUCCCAAUUUAUCAAUUAUUCCAAUUGACUACGGAAUUGCAUUUGAUUAGGAUAAUGAUGAAAGUCUAAGCAUAUUGAUUCGUCCAUAGAAACAUGUUAUUUUUGUUGAUAUUGAAAUAAACCUUGAUAAAGGAGUAUGGCUAUUAGAGAGUCAACAUAAACUAAAAAUUAAUGCAGAAGAAGUGUAUAUCAAUGGUAAAUAUGCAAUAUUGAGAGGAGUAGAUACUCAUAACAUAAUUAGACAUUCCUUACCUAAUAUCUUCACUGUAUCAAUUUAAUCAUAUACUUAGCGAAUAUUCAAUAAUUACCCGUUUAUGUUAUCAAAUGCAGUCUUAUUGGGAUUUCAUGAAUUGAAUAUUGAACAUUAAGAUGAUACAGUACAUAAUUGGUACAAGAAUUCAACGAAGAACAUCUUAUAUGGAGUCGAUCCUAAUUAAAUCGUCUUAUAUUAAUGGUAAAACUUUGAAGGUUAAAUUUCCUGCUAUACAGAAGAUGAAACAUUAAUUGGCUAGACUUUUGUUUAUGAUGUCUAAGCUACUUUAAGUGAAUGCGAUUAAAAAAAUGAAUAUAAGGAUGAUAUUGUAAGCAAAGAUUUAUUAGUUUGUCAAUUCCAAACAAAAUUAUAUAUUAAAGUGCUUGAAGAUAUUUAGUCAUAUUAAUAAAAUAUUCUAAUAAUAAUCUGUGCAGCUUUAGGAGGGGCUCUCAUUUUGAGUAUACUUGUAUUUGCAUGUUAUAGAAGGAAAACUCAAUCAUAAUUGAUCCAAUUUAAAGAAUAAAUUAAAAAAUAUGAGAAGUUUUAGGGAGAAGGCAGCGAAUCACAUGGUAUUAGAUAAGAUACUCCUCAUCCUCCUGCUCAUUAAAUAGUUAACAAUUUUAAAAUUGAUGAUGAUGAUUAAUGAUAAUUAUUACCUUAAUUUUAUAAUUUGUAUUGUAUAAAAAUAAUAAAACCAUAAGUCUAAAA